UGGAUCUGAUCCGGUCUUGGUGUUGGGUCUUUGUUAGGGGAUCAAUGAGUCUGCUUGCUGAAAUAUAAACCGUGUUGUGUUUAUGAAAAAAGUGUCAGUUUGUAGAAAGACAGGAGACAAAGGCAGCGUGUCAGACCUUCAUUUGGUCAACAACAUCUGGAGCAGAGACAACAAUCCUGUUUACACAUCGUUGACAACAGAGCCGAGCAUAUGACCGGAGCGAGGAGAGCAGGGGGGUGAAAGAGAGAGAGAUGAAGUGGGUUUGACAGAUGAGCACUCAGGGCUCGGAGAGAGGAGCCAACAGGGUUAAUACAGGAUUCUACUUCCCAAAGAUAUGAAACCUCCAGGAAUCCAGAGCCUUUGAGAGCAUCACCGACAUGUGGGGCGGAUACAGAGGAGGAGGACUGAACACCUGAACCUCAUCUCACAGGAGCUGAAAGAGCGACUCCCUUCAUGAUGAACUGUGCUGUGAUUCUUCUAUUAACAUCAAGCUGCUUCACCUGGUCCUCAGCCCUGUACACCCCCAACAGAGCAGCAUCCAGUAAGCUAAAGUACCUCCUGGAGCCUCCGGUCUACCCUGAGGUGGUUGGUCGUCGGGGGGAGAACGUCACUCUGCCGUGUAUCCUUAGAACCAAACCCAGCCACUACAAGGUGAAAUGGACCAAGCUGCAGCCGGAACACGAACACGUGGGACAGGAGAACAUUAUCAUGAUAUCAAACUCACACUCCUUCAAACGGUACGGCCACCUCGGUCCCAGGGCCGCUCUGAGGAAGGCUCACAGCAUGGACGCCUCCCUGCAGCUCAGCCUUCUGGAGCUGCAAGACGGCGGCUCGUAUCGCUGUGAGCUGGUCAACGGCAUCGAGGACGAGAGUGUCGCCGUCUCUUUGAGGAUCGAAGGUGUGGUGUUCCCGUAUCAGAGUAAACAUGGCCGCUACAGAUUCACGUUCCAGGAGGCGAAGGAUGUUUGUGCUGAGCAGGACGGCAUAUUGGCGUCCUUCAGCCAGCUGUACAGAGCGUGGACCGAGGGUCUGGACUGGUGUAACGCCGGCUGGUUGGACGAUGGAACCGUCCACUACCCCAUCAUCACACCCCGCCCUGCCUGCGGAGGAGAGACGCUCCCUGGGAUUCGCAGUUAUGGACCAAAAGAUAAAAAAGUGGAUCACUUUGACGCUUUCUGCUUCACCUCACAGACGUCGGGUUCUCUCUCCUACAUCUCCGGCUCAUUCUCCUUCGAGCAAGCGGAGCGAGCCUGCAAACAAGAGGGAGCAGAGCUGGCGUUGGUCGGCCAGCUUUACUCGGCUUGGCGUUUCCAGAGUUAUGACCAGUGUGACGGAGGAUGGCUGAAAGACGGCAGCGUGAGGUUCCCCAUCAGUAACCCCAGGGAGCGCUGUGGAGGGAUCCCUGAGGCCGGCGUGCGCUCAUUUGGAUUCCCCAACAGGAUGAAGCAUCUUUGCGGCGCCUAUUGUUAUAGGUAGCCUGGACAGAAUCAAACUUUUAUAUCAGUGUCUCAACGCACGACAGAGGAUUAGGGACACGUUAAGGAAGAAAAGAGAGAUAGAUUUCAAGAUUGAAGUUGCAAAUUUACCAAAAUAAAGUCAAGAUUUUUGAGAGUAAAGUGCUAAAUGUACGAGAAUAGUCAUAAAUCUAGUCAUUAUCUCUAAAUUACGUUUUUAUUCUGAUAAGAUUACAAGUUUAUUCCACCAAAAUCACCUCAUUCUCAUAAUUUUGCAACUUUUUUCUUGAAAUCUUAAUUUUUUCCUCCGUUGUGCAACAAAAUUUGGAGUCCAUGCAAGAAAUCUGGUGCUUUUUGACUCCCAUCUUAUCAAACACAACCACAAAGUCAGGGGGAAGAAGUGUCACAUGCAUGGCUGCAGGGUUAAGAGAUUAAAACUAAGAAACGUGCAGAAAUAAAGCUCCUGAGUUAUCUGAUCUUAACAGCACAUGCAGGUUUGGUUGAUUUAUAACUGCAUCUUUUUUUUUAACACGAGCUCAAACUCAACAAAGAAGCCAAAAAUCUUACAUGUAAAUAAUUCUGUCAUCUACUUUCAGAGUGAAAUGGUUUAUCUGUACAUUAAUAUUUUAUGUUUUCAAUAAAGUCACGGCCACGGAUCAG